AUGUGGUCUAGAGCAGGUCUUCAGUUCUUCAGACGUGCGUCGUGUGGAGCUCCUCAGGCCGGUCUUCUUCUGGACGUGGACGGGGUUCUGGUUCGUGGUCGCUCCGUGGUUCCGGCCGCGCGCCGCGCCUUUAAGAGGCUCCAGCGCCCAAACAAGGACUUCCUGUUUCCAGUGGUGUUUGUGACCAACGCGGGAAGCUGUCACCGCGAGCAGAGAGCCAAUCAGCUGUCAGAGCUGCUGCACGCCCAGGUGCGGCCGGAGCAGGUGGUCCUGUCGUACAGCCCCCUGACGAUGAUGAAGAGUCUUCAUCACAAAGUCGUGCUGGUGUCGGGACAAGGACCAAUCAGAGACAUCGCCCACAGGUUGGGUUUUGAUAAAAUCGUGACGAUCGAUGACGUGAGGAAACACUGCCCCCUGCUGGACGCCGUGGCCCAUGACCCCCGACCUGCCCAGUCUCAACUUCAGACGCUGCCGAAGAUCCAGGGGGUUCUUUUGUUCGGGGAGCCCACCCAUUGGGAGAGUCACCUGCAGAUCAUGAUCGACGUCAUUCUGACCAAUGGGAGCCCAGGCUCCGCCCACCUGCCCCCAGGCUCCGCCCCUCAACUGCCAAUCAUCGUCUGCAACCCCGACCUGCUGUGGAAGAGCCCCGCCCCCAGCCCCAGGUUCGGGCACGGCGUCUUCGUGCUCUGUCUGGAGUCGGUGUUUAAGAGGCUGACGGGGGCGGAGCUUCAGAUUGAGGCGUUGCUCGGGAAACCGAGUCUUCUGACCUAUCGCUACGCAGAACACCUGCUGACAUCACAGAUGACAUCAUCAGCCCGCCUCAGGACCAUCUACGCCAUCGGGGACAAUCCUCUCACCGAUGUGUACGGUGCGAAUCUUUACGAUCGUUUCCUCAAACAUAACGCCGUCACCGCGGCGACAGCAUCACGCAGGGUCUCCGUGGCGACAGGGGAGGCGGUUUCCAUGGCGACAGGGGGAGUCCCUGAGGAGGAGGAGGGGCUGGUGUCGGGCGCAGACGAGUGUCACUCUGUCCUGGUGUGCACAGGUGUGUUUGACCCCGCCUCCCCGCCGCCCCCAGACCAGUGGGCGGGGCUGGAGGCGGAGCUGCUGCAGCCUCGACACACGGUGGAGGACGUGGAGGAGGCGGUGGAGCUGAUCCUGCAGAGGGAAGGACUCGAGUAAAACCACAGAAACAAACAGAAAAUAAUGAUGAAUAAACAUGUAAACUGAAGAUAGAA